CCCGGCGGCAGGCGGCGGCGCGGAUGUGGCGGCGCUGCGGGCGCACAACAGCGCACUGGAGUCCCAGCUGGAGUCCCUGAGGCGGCAGCUGGAGGAGAGCCAGAAGCAGCUCAAGGGGGCCGCUUCGCUUCAAGAGCAGCUGCAGCACGCGAAAACUGAGGCUCAGGAGUUGCAACGGAAGCACCGGGAGGCGGCGGUGCGGCUGCAGGAGGAGAGGGCCAAAGGAGAGGCCGCAGAGAGGGAGAAGAAAGAGGCCCAUGAUAAGGCCCUCGAGCUAGAAGCAGAGCUCCAUAAGGCCCGAGCUCGAGCAGCUGCCUCCUCCUCUGCCGCCGCCGCUAGUGCCCGUACCCCUCCUGGCAAGUACGCAGCAGCUCUAGGAGGAGCAGCAGCAGCAGGGGGCGGCGGCGGUGGCAGCGGCCUUAAGCGGCGACACGCCAUGGAUCCGGGACACCCCCUCAGCGGCCUGCCGCAACUUCAACCCCCGCCCAGCCAGCAGCAGCUACAGCUACAGCAGCAGCAGCAGCUGAACAUGCCACCCCCUGCUGGCUAUCCAGUGGACGAGCCCAUGCAGGAUGUAGCAGCGGCAGGAGCAGGCGGACAUUCGUAUCCCCAUCCCUACCAACAACAGCAACAAAUGCACCAGCAGCACCAGCGGGGCGUGGGAGGUGGGAUGCAGCAGCAACAGCCGCAGCAGGCCGCCAGCAGCUACCAUACAGCAGCGGAGCCCAUGCGGCCGGCGCCGUCAGCUGUUGAGCGGCUUCUACGUC